AUGGUAAGUGAACGGAGAUCCCUCUGCCUGACGAUCGCCCUGUGCCUGGCCUGCCUGGCCGCCGCGGAUGUCUCCCAUUUGCCCAGCAGCUACUUGCCGCCACCAAAGCCGGAGCACGCCGUCUCGAUGAGCAUUGAGCAGCAGGAGCUGCGGGAGCUGCCCGAGCAGGUGGAGUACAUGCGGGAGAACGAGCAGGGAGUGAUGGAAGCCAUGCCCAGCAGCCUGCUGACACCACCCGCUCCAUUGGAGACCGAGCAAAUGGAUGCCAUGCUCUCCUCCCGCUAUCUGCCGCCAGCCCAGGCCCAGGUCCAGAUGGAGCAGCUCUCAGAGCCGUUGAUGAUGCAGCAGCCCCAGAUGGAGAUGAUGGCUCCCGAGCAACAGCCAGAGCAGCCACAGGUUGCCAGCCGCUACCUACCCCCUGCACCAGCAUCGGAACAGCCCCAGCAGCUCACCUACCAGCAGUACCAGGAGCAGAUGCAGAUGCAGGAACAGCAACAGCAGCAGCAGCAGCAGCAGCAGGAGCAGCAGCCCCAGAUGCUGGACGAGCAGAUGCCCUACUACAUGGAUGUGCAGCAGCCAAUGGCACCCACGGACGCCGAGGCAGAGCCAGAGCCAGCCCACGAGCUCCGCCCCGAUGGCUACCACUACAAACAGGCCGAGGAGGAGCUGCGUCUGAGGCAUUAG